AUGAAGCUCCUCAACGUCCUCCUCAUGGCUCUUGUACACGCUAGGAGUGGUUUCUCCACUCCUGUUGAAGAUGUAGCUGGACAAUGUGGUGCUCUGGGUGUGAUGAAGGUUGAUACAUCCGCUCUUCCGGCUGGUGUUGACCCAGGAGCCAUCCGCAAGUGUGCUGAGCACCCUGUGGCUGCGUCGCCUAACCCCAUCGCUAAGCGCGACUGCUGGUACGGGAAGAACUCUGGCUGCUCCAAGGGCUAUUGCUGGAAGAGCUGCGGAGGCAACGGCCAGUGGUGCUGGACCGCAUUCAAUGAUGGCUAUGGGAACUGGAUUGGAUGCAGCAAUGAUAACCAGUGCAACACCAACCAGGCUUGUGGCAUCGGUAACUGCAAGACCUGCGGCUGCAGCUGCUGA